AUGCCUCGCACUCCACCGCACUCUGACGGUAAACAUGCGUUCUGGAGCACGCAGCCCGUACCGCAGACGGAAGAUGAGGCGGAGACCGACGUUUUCGCCGGCCCGAUGGACGAACCAAAGACGGCAGCCGACGUCCCCGAGGAACCCUAUCCGAUUGCCAGCACAUUUGAGUGGUGGACGCCAAACAUGGAGGUGUCCGAUGACAUUCACGUCAUUUACAAGCUGCUUCGAGACAACUAUGUCGAGGACGACGACAGCAUGUUUCGCUUCAACUAUUCCGAGGAGUUUCUUCAGUGGGCACUGUGCCCACCGAACUACAUCCCGGACUGGCACGUCGCAGUUCGGCGGAAGGCGGACAAGAAACUACUGGCCUUCAUUGCCGGUGUUCCCGUGACACUGCGUAUGGGUACGCCAAAGUCGUUGAAGCUAAAGGCCGAGGAAAAAGGACAAGGAGAGGCGGCGGCUAAGUACGAUGCACCGCGCCACAUCUGCGAAAUCAAUUUCCUCUGCGUUCACAAGCAACUGCGAGAGAAGCGGCUUGCCCCAAUUUUGAUCAAGGAAGUGACACGCCGUGUGAACCGUACAGACGUGUGGCAGGCAGUCUACACGGCUGGAGUGCUGCUGCCCACUCCGUAUGCUUCCGGGCAGUACUUCCACCGCAGCUUGAACCCCGAGAAACUGGUGGAGAUCCGCUUCAGUGGCAUUCCUGCGCAGUACCAGAAGUUCCAGAACCCCAUGGCGAUGCUGAAGCGCAACUACCACCUGCCGAGUGCACCGAGAAACUCCGGUCUUCGCGAAAUGAAACCAUCUGACGUUCCGCAGGUGCGGAGGAUUCUCAUGAACUACCUGGACAAGUUCGACGUGAGCCCCGUCUUUAGCGACGCAGAGAUCGGCCACUACCUUCUUCCGCGCGACGGGGUGGUCUUCACUUAUGUGGUAGAGAACGAGAAGAAGGUAACGGAUUUCUUCUCCUUUUACCGAAUUCCAUCUACUGUUAUUGGCAACAGCACUUACAACAUGCUGAACGCGGCAUAUGUCCACUACUAUGCCGCAACGAGUAUGCCUCUGCAUCAACUCAUUCUCGAUCUUCUCAUCGUGGCACACUCACGCGGCUUCGACGUGUGCAACAUGGUGGAGAUUCUCGACAACCGGUCACUCAUCGAGCCACUAAAGUUUGGUGCCGGCGACGGCUAUCUUCGAUAUUACUUCUACAAUUGGUCGUAUCCAAAGAUCAAGCCCUCUCAGGUUGCUCUGGUGAUGUUGUAG